CCGGGUUUAAGUGGCAGAGUGCUACGACUACUUUGCUGAAAAAUCUUUCGUUUCACAUCGAAAUAAAAUGCCUUCCAUAGUGAAAGGAUCAUCUGGCCUUGGAACAACAAGACCAAGUAUAUUUUUUAGAAAAAUCAAAGGUGGUUUAAAGAUACCAAGAUAUAUGAAUACGUACCGUUUGGAAUCUUUCAGUCCUUUUAAAGUAGAAGUUGUUGAUAAAAUAUUGAAGGACGUAAUGAUUUCUUCCUUGGACAAUAUCAAAUAUCAUCCAGUCGUUUGUCUACAAAUUUGCAAAGAUAUGUCAGCGAAAGUGUGCGAUUUAUUAUUUAAAAAAUCCUACGAUCGUUAUAAAUAUACGGUGAUUAUGACGAUAGUACAAAAACGCAGACAAGGUGUGGAUACCAAAAUGGCGUGUUUAUGGGAUGCUAAUAGGGAUAAUUAUUGCACACACGUUUUAGAAAGUGCCGAAUUUAUUGCUCUCGGUUUGGUCAUUGCUACUUAUUACGAAUAAACCGAGUUAAAACAUAUGAUCGUUUUAUCUUUUUAUUAAUGAUCUAUGAAAAUGAUGAAUUAUUUCGUUUUGCGAAUUAACCGACAUUGAAAAAUUCUUGAAAAAAAAGAAAAAUUAGAAAAGUAUGAUAAUAUUUUCAAGCAAAAAGAAAUAAAAAAUUCAAAUUUAGAAUUGAAAAACGAUGGAUCAGCACAUUUGGCGCCAUUCCAUUCGAAUUAUGAAUUUCAUGUUUUUUUUAUUGUUAUUAAAGUAAUAUAUUAUUCGGAAUAUAUGUAU